GGCUUUGACUACUUUACCGACAUGCGACAUCGACACGAAAAUGUUUCACUGUUAGGUUUCGGACUUUCGGUUGGUCGGGUGACAAAGGUGUGCUCUGACAGAUAUAAAGUAAUCUUUAUUAGUGACAGCAAAAAAGCGAAAUUAGUAACAGAAAAGCGUUAGACAAAGUGCUUGAACGGUGAAUAACUCUCAACAACUGUUAUAUCUGUUUGUUCCACGUGGUUAUUUUAUUUAGAUACCAGUACUGUAUACAUGAUGGUUAUAUUUUGUCACAAUUUAUUAAAAAGGAUCUUUCUUACUUGAUCAACAAUGCAUCAGUGGCCAUCGCCACCGAAAGUGAAUAGCAGCAGCAAACCUGUGUUAACUAACGGAGCAAUUCCGGCCAUUAUUGAGAAAAAUGGACUUUACAACGAGACACCCGUUCUGCAAGUUCUUGACUUUAGAGGGCUACUCCAGGCAACUAACAAUAAUCGCUAUAAAAUUGUUCUCUCCGAUGGGAAAUAUUCCUACGCGUUUGCGAUGCUUUCAGCUCAACUCAAUCACUUGAUUGCGAAUGAAAAAUUGGAGAUUUUCACCGUUGUAAAAGUCGUGAGAUUUACUGUCAACUCGGUUAUUGCAAAGGCUCCUGCGACAGACAAAGUUUACAACAAAAUAAUCACUCUUCACGAUGUAGAGCUGUUGGUAUCUGGAAAAGAAAUAGGGGGUAAACUGGGAAAUCCCCAAGUGUUUAGUUACGGCGAUGAGGUACCAGAAGAUCUGCUGACACAUCCUCUAAAGCCAGUAUGUUUGGGAAAUACCAGCGUUGAACGGAUACGACCGGGAUUGAUUUGCGUUCACAGCCAGUGGGAGAAGCUGCGAAUGACAGACAAAAGUUUAUCUGGAUUAUCUGCGUCAAGUAAUGUGCAGACGAAAUCAGUUGGACAGUUAUUAGAGCAGCCACAGAAGCCAACACAAUCCUCUUUUUUGGGAAUAAGUCCUGCAGGUUCCAAUUUUAGACACCCAACAACCAACAAAUCCGCUUCUCCAUUAAUCACACAACCACCCAACAUGAGCGACUUGAGUGCACAGCAGACACAAAGCGUUUCAAGUACUCAGAAGAUAAUAAACGCGGUUUCGACUUCAAACGAAAGCAUGGAAUACAUCGUCAAUUUCUUGAUUGAUGGCCAACAGUACCAUUUGAAAGCCUCCUUCGCCAGGUCCAGUAAGAAAAUUCUUGGGUCGCUAACACUGUCGCAUCCAUCAUCAAAACCCCGAACAAUGGUAAAAGGCGGAAAACAUGUAGCGAGUCCCAUAAAAGAAAACGAUGAUUUGAAUAGACCGCGCGCUGUUUGGGCCAACUUGAACGGAGAGCAACACAAAUUUUGCCAUUUAAAGAAGUCUUGGAUUUCGGACCGCUACUGGGUGUCGGAACAUUUUGAUGGCAGUUUUCUUCUUCAGCCCCAUUUUGAAUGUAACACGUGGAAACCGUUGACUUGUCUUCUCUGGAUCGAGUUUGACACUUACAGUGGCGGAGAGAGGAACGCCCUUAAACAACUAACUGAAUUGUAUGCCCAGCAGAACCAGUGCGACGUCCAGUUUAACUUCGAAGGCGAUCAACACAUUGGAGGCCAUUCACACAUACUGGUGGCCAGGAGUCCCGUUUUUGCCGCAAUGUUCCAGCACGAGAUGAAGGAGACGAAGACGGGCCAAGUCAGCAUUCCAGACAUCCAGCCAGACAUUUUCAAGCAGUUGCUUCAAUACAUUUACUCGGGCCGGCUUACAGUACCACUGUCGGAAACCACUGCCCAGCGGCUGUUUGAAGCGGCCGACAAAUACGACAUUGGUGAUUUGAAAGAAGAGUGUGUCAGUUUUCUAUUGACCUGCGUCCGAAUGGAUACGGUGAUUAAUUUGAUGGCCUGGGCACACCUUCACUUCGUGGACGAACUGAAACAAUUAGCACUCAAGUUUACGGUUUUGAACGCUAAGGAAGUUUGUAUUCUGAAAGAUUGGGAGAUGCUGACCAAGAACUAUCCGCAUUUGUGUGUGUUGGUAACGCGACACAUCACCGACAGGAUGUCCAUUUCCUGGAACGACGAAGAAGAACUGAUUUGUUCGGGUAUUAAUUGCCUGUGAGUUUUCUGUCAAUCACAAAUAACACUUGAUAAUUCAAGAAAUUUAUCCUUAACUCAUAACGAAAAUGUGACCCAUCACUGUUAUAAUAGGAUUUUUUGAAUUUCUGUUUUUUAAAGGUUAUUUCACGGGAUAUCACUCAUUUUCUUUUUUUCUCUUCUGAGAAGUAAAUAAACCCAAAUCUCUACCCCCUCUUAAGUCUUAUCAUUCCAUUCCAUGAUGAGCACUAUGACAUUACUUGGAACUUAUUGCGUCAUCCUAAUCAGUGUUGCUUUCCUUAGCUUUGCAGCUAAGAAUUUCCCGGGUCUCAAAUGAUGAUCUUUUUCUAAAAUAUGCUACAACUUUUUAGAAAGCUGAUUUAGUGAUUUUGAUCUUAACUGGAAAUGAUUAAACCUUCCAUGUGUAAUAUUUAACUCAUUGAUUUCACAAAUGUGAGUUAUAGCUCAGACUCGAUUCCAUCUUGAGAAGGCGGAGCUUCCGUAAGCCCCUCCCCCAUCCAUCUUUUCGCCAGUCUUAAAUGCCCACGGGGUAAAUGGAAGAUUUGGAUUCCCUUCCUUUCCUGUUAAACCUCUUUACUUUGAAACGUAGUCCUUUCGAUUCCAUCAGAGUUUCGUUUCAAUUUGAGCAACUCAGUCGUACACUCUCGUUGUCGCAGUUAAUUGCUGCCAAAUUCUUCUCCGACUCUCGCCGAACUAAAGAUUUAUUGUGGUUGAUGGCUAGUGAUUGUGGAAAUCCCCUCACAUUUGUGUUUGUAACUUCGCACCUGGUUGCAACAGGUGGCAUGUUAUAGUGUAAAUCUCACAAAUUUUGGAGGAUUUCGUCGUACAAACCCGUUCACAUUCGUUGAUCCUAUUUCGGGAAACUAAAAACAUCAUGGCUGUUUGCUCGUCUUUUUUUACUGUGCCAGCAUCCUUUGGUAGUUUGCCUACGAUCCGUCGUGAAGAGAAUGAUAACAGGAAAGAACCAGAGGUUUGCGUUGAACGGAUUCGAUCGGGACUCUACUGCAUGCACAGCAAGUGGGAAAAGCCGCAAUGCAAAUCCAAUGACGAUUCGAUGGGUGCAUGUAAGAAAUGUGAUGAGAUGAUGCCCUCUUCCACUCUAGUGAACUCUGUUGUCCAGCCUCAACUUUCAUCAGAGAUUGGUCCGACUGGUUUAUUUGGCAGGCCACGGGAGCAAGCAGUUAAAUUGACUUUUCAAGUUCCAGCGAGCC